AUGCCAGCUGACAAUUUAAUUUCUGGUCUGGCUUUGUCAGGCAGUACCGCAAAUCAUCUAAUGCUUAACUCGGGAACAAAAGAGAAACAAAUGGAGAGCAUAAUUGAUCCAACCUCCCAGAAAGAAGCGGCGCGGUCGCAGCUGGACGACCUAGGGCCAGAGUGGAAGCAGAGGGCGGCCGAAGAAUUGAAUGAGAAGCCAAAUUCUGUAGCUGAUGACAUAGAAACGUUUAGGAAUAUGCUUCAAAGAUACUACGUCAUGAAACUCCGUUGCCCUGAACUCUUCAGAGUGCCACGUCCUUCAGAGAAAUCUCACAUUUUGGAAAUGCAAGUACAAAACAUGCUAGAUGAACGAGACAGUUUCGGACGGCGGGUCUACAUCUUUCGUGUAGUGUCAAUAGAAGAUAUAUUUCGCACAAAUGUUUUGGCUUUGGAGCACGUGGUCCAAGAACCAGAGACGCAAAUUGCCGGUCUCACAGUUAUUGUGGAUAUGAAUGGAUUCGGGCUACAGCACGCAAAGUUCCUGUCCCCGUACUACGCACGCCGCACCGUCGAAGUUAUUCAGAUAUACCUUCAUGGGCGUGAUAUAACCUCCCUUCAUGCCUUCAUCAAGCCUGAAAUUCUUCCCGCAGAAUACGGUGGCCAGCAACCAAGUUUUGAUAACAAAAAAUGGAGACUGGCUCUUUUAGCCAAAGAAGACGAAUUUGUUGAACUGGAAACAUAUGGCUACAAAAUUGAUGAGACACCGGAUUUGGGCAAUACCACACCACAAUGAUGAAGUAUUCAUCAACUGUUAAUUAUAUGACUUCUCCGCUUGUCACGAGCAUAAACAUAUACUACAAUUUGAAUUGAUAUGAACGUUUAUAUGUGAUAGACAUUCAUGGUUACCUUUUGUGCAUUUUAUUUGCUGUUGUUGUUUAUGGAUAUUGAAUGUACAGAAGAAAUUAAUUGAUAAGAAUGUUGUGCAAACAAAUUUCUUUUUUACAAAAAUAGCGUUAUAAGUUUUUGCAAUUAAAUAUUGUGAAUUUAAAGUUAUAUUUUAAUUACUUUUUAGGCAAAGCAAGUGUUAAUAUUUACGAGAAUUUAAGAGAUGAAUUUUGUAACUGUUAUUGACUUCAUGUGCAUAAGAAGUUUAUUGACAUAUUCUAAAUGACUGUUGUUGCAAUAUUUACUUUCAAAUUCAAAAGAUUAAUAUUGAAAAAUUGAAAAAUAAUUGUAUUAGUAUAUACUCUUUGCUAAGAUAUUUUAUGUACUGAGCAACAGGGCAUUUCUAUUGAACGAAUACUUAUAACGCUUCUACAAUGAAUUUGAUAUAGCAAUUAUCUUUAUGAAUAUCCUCACAAGUAGUGGCUACAGCUGAUUAACAAUCAAGAAAAUCCUCAUCAGAUCACUGACAAUGAGUUUGAAAGGAAAUAAAUGAAACAAAUUUUAAAAAUUGACUUAAAUUUUCUUUGCAUUAUUCCAAGGGUUCUGAGUAUUGUUAGUCCACUUGUCCUUACAAAGUGCUUCAGGCUGCCCAGAAUCGCCGAGGAAGAAAAUUUCACGGUCUCUCAAAACAUUGAAUUUCUUUAUCUUGACUGAUUUUUCAAAUAUAUAUAAUUCAUUGCCAUAGUAAUAAUAAACCGUUGGAGCAAAUCAUUUGUAAUCGUAGAUGGUUUUGCAAAAUUCUUAAUAUAUUUGAUUAUGAAUCAUGUUGCGUAAAACGGUAAUUCAUGCUUCAUACACAUUAAUGAGACUCCAAACCAAAUAUUACAAUACAAUUUCCUUAUGAAUUUUGAGUGACUGAAUUGUUAUUUCAUUCCCUCUACAUCAACAAUUUUAAAGGUA